AUGGAUGCCCACUUCCAUAGUAUUUUCCUCUUGUUUUAUCUGUCCUUUGUGACCUAUAUUACCCCCUCCACCCCUCAUCUCCAUGCACCAAACUAUUCCUUCCCCUCCAAUACCAUAAGAGCUAAAGCACCAUUUUUCUUGCAAAAACUUGCAAGUUCAUCUCCAAAAAAUUCACAAACCAUAAUGUCUGGUGUUUGGGUGUUCAAGGAUGGUGUGAUUCGCCUUGUUGAAAAUCCUCAGGCAGAGCAAGGGGAUGGACGCGGCGGAGCCAUCCGGAGAAAGGUUUUAGUACACUUGCCUACAGGCCAGGUGGUGUCAUCUUACAGGUCGCUUGAGGAGAUCUUGAGAGGUUUAGGAUGGGAGAGGUACUACGGUGGUGAUUCCGACCUCUACCAAUUCCACAAGCAAACCUCCAUUGAUCUAAUCUCUCUCCCUAAGGACUUCUCCAAGUUCAACUCAGUUUACAUGUAUGACAUUGUGAUUAAAAAUCCUAAUGUUUUCCACGUCAGAGACAUGUGA